AUGUCGCCGCCAGAAGUGCGUCCUUCGGGGACUAAGGAAGCGCUGAGCCUCGAGUCACCAACGGAGACGGUCGCCCCAGAUGGCGACCCGAGAUCCAAAAGGACGAUCCUCCAGAUGGUGUACGACUGCCUCACAUAUGUGCCACCGAGGUGUCGUUAUGACCCUGAGAGGCCGUUUCAGUUCUCAAUGGCGUUGAAUGUGCUCUUUGCAUUCGCUGGUUGCUUCACCGUGGCAAACCUCUACUACACCCAUCCGAUCCUCAAUCUCCUCGCAGACGACUUCCACGUCACCGACGAGCAAUCUUCCUAUAUUCCGACUCUAGCCCAGGCCGGGUAUGCUGGCGGAUUGUUGUUCUUGUGUCCAUUGGGGGAUCUACUCAAGAGGAGGCCCUUUGUGCUUUGGCUGGUUUGGUUCACUGCUACAUUAUGGAUUGGCCUCUGUGUGACCAAGUCCUUUGCUGCUUUUGGUGUCAUCACCUUCAUCACAAGUGUGACGACUGUAACGCCUCAAUUGAUGCUGCCACUCGUCGGUGAUAUGGCUCCACCUCAUCGGCGGUCAACAUCCCUCUCAAUUGUCGUUUCGGGCAUGCUAUUGGGUAUGCUGAUCGCCCGGCUGUUGUCUGGUGUUGUCGCUAAAUUUAUCGGGUGGCGCUACAUCUACUGGAUAUCAUUUGGAUUGCAAUACUUCAUCCUGGGAUUGUUGUACCUGUUCAUGCCGGAUUAUCCUCCGACAAAUCCUGGCGAGAAUACCUGGAAGAAGUACCCGGCGCUAUUGUGGGAUAUUGUGAGACUCGUGGUCAAGUAUCCUGUACUGGUCCAAGCAUGUCUAGUUGGAAUGUUCACGGCGACGACCUUCACCAGUUUCUGGACAACCCUUACCUUCCUCCUUGCCGGUCCACCAUACCACUACAGUUCCUUAGUCAUCGGUCUCUUCGCUUUGAUCGGAAUUGGCAGCAUGACCUGGGGUCCCAUCUUCGCCAGAACAGUCAUGGAGAAACAUCAACCCCUCUUCUCAAUCAUCAUUGGCGAAAUGAUCUGCUUGAUGGGCGUGGUGGUUGGUACAUAUACCGGCAAAUUUACAGUAGCUGGUCCCGUCAUUCAGGCAAUUGGGAUCGAUAUCGGACUGCAAACCAGCCAGAUCGCUAACCGGACUGCGAUUUAUGGGGUCGCGCCUAAGGCGAGAAACCGGGUCAAUACGGCUUACAUGGUCAGCGUUUUCGUGGGACAACUGAUCGGCACUGCUGUUGGGAAUUCGCUUUAUGCGGAUGGCGGUUGGAUCUCCUCUGGGUCGGCAAGCGUCGGCUUUAUUUCCGCGGCGUUGCUUGUUUGCUUCCUGCGCGGUCCACAUGAGCAUGGAUGGAUAGGCUGGCGAGGAGGAUAUAACAUGCGUAAAGAAAUACCAAAGAACCCUGAAAAAAGCGCAAAUGACACGGAGGCUAUCCAGGUCCAGGAACCACCGAAACCAUCAAGCGAGGAGAAUGCAAAAGAAGCUGGUCAAGCAGAGAAGGAAGUUGAGGUGCACGCUCACAAUGAGAACCACGGAAACGACCACAGUUCUCGAUCUUCGCAACGUACCCUCAGUGAAGAGAUCCUGCCGUAUAGGGAGAAGGAGUAA